UGCAGCCUUCUUAGAUGGAGACCCUGCUGCAAGAGCUUAGCUCAGCUUCCAAGCUCUUAACUGACUUGAAGGAGAUGUAUGAAUAUGAGACCCGUUUAAAAACCUUCACCAAGUGGCCCUUCCAGGAAAACUGCAAGUGCACUCCAGAGAAUAUGGCAAAGGCUGGCUUCAUCCAUUGUUCAAGUGCAAAUGAACCCGAUGUGGCAAAAUGUUUCUUUUGCUUGUUAGAACUGGUGGGCUGGGAACCAAAUGAUGACCCAUGGGAGGAACACGCCAAACGUCACACCUGUGGCUUUUUAUCCCUUCCUAAGCACUUUGAUGAGCUGACAAUGGAGGAGUACUACAUGCUGGAGAUGACACGGCUGAGGACCUUCAUUUGCAAAGUUGGCAGCCGCACAAUAAAUUCUUUUCAAGAAGAAGUCGCGGCGACGAGGCAGAGGCUGGUGAACUACUUUGGCUCCAGACCCUCGCUGCCGGCAGCGCUGCAUCCCGGGGAUGAGCCUUCAGCCCAGCAGCCAGGAGGCUCAGCUGCCGGGCAGGAGGAGCCCGGGCCAAGUGAGCUGUGACGUCUGACUCUGCGAGUCUCAUCCUUUGGUGCACACAGUCCUCUCUGUCGGAGAGAAUCCAAAGAUGAACAGGUGUGUGAGGAAGUGUAUGUGGAGAACUACUGGAUCAGAGCUCUCACAGUGUGCUUUCUUGGUAUUGCUGUAGAGUAGUUCCACUACCCUGCUAGUGUAUGAAAAAAUGUCUAAGCAAAUACUUCUAUUCUGAUUUUUAGCAAGCUGACUUUUUUUUGAAUAAAGAUUCACAACUGU